AAGAAAGGCUUUUUGGUAAAUUAUCCAGGUUUAGAGAACCUCUUACUCGUCUAGAGGGUUACCAGAAACCGUUAGGAGAUCACAGUAGUGGUAAGAGAGUAAGGACUGUAAGGUGAGGACGAAACCUUAUCUUUGCAGUUGCAGACAUGGCAGGUACUUCUCUACCUUCAUCUCUCCUCAGCCAAGGACCUUCGUUACUCUUCUCUACUUCGAAUCAGGUCUCAGAAGCUAAAUGUGGUUUUGUGAUAUCAUCUGGAAAACGUGGUCUUGUUCGUUGUUUGGCUAAGAAGAAAAUCAGUUUUGUCGAUCAGAUUCUCGAUUAUAUCGAAGGCGGUCCGAAGCUUAGGAAAUGGUAUGGAGCGCCUGAACUUCGGCCAAAGGAUGGAUCUUUAAGUGGAGACGACGAUGAAUUUAAAGAGGAAGAAGAUAAUGAUCUUGAUGGAGACAAAGACGCUGUUUUUGUAACGGAUGGAGACAGUGAUUUGGGUCAGAUGAUUAUACUGCAACUGAUUGUGAAAGGGAGUCGAGUUAAAGCACUUGUGAAGGAUAAAAGAAAGGCUUUAGAUGCCUUUGGAGCUUAUGUUGAGUUGACGUCUGGAGAUGCAAGCGACGAGCGUUUCUUAAGGAAAGCUUUUAAAGGCGUUGGUGCAAUCAUAUCCCCAACUGAAGGUUUCCUAUCUAAUGUCAAGAGUUUAAGAGGUGUGAAACAUGCAGUUCUCUUGUCUCAGUUGUCUGUUUAUGAAAACAGCGGUGGAAUUCAAGCUAUGAUGAAUAACAAAGCGAAAAAACAGGCCGAGCAAGAUGAAAACGCUGUUAUAUCUUCGAAUGUCCCUUACACAAUCAUAAGAACAGGCAAGCUGGAGAGCAGUCCUGGAGGGAAUCAAGGCUUCAACUUCAGCGCCGGUGCUGCAGCUAAAGGAAGCAUAAGCAAGGAAGAUGCUGCUCGUAUAUGUGUUGAAGCUCUAAGUGUGAUCCCACCAACAGGGUUAAUAUUUGAGGUCACGAAUGGAGAAGAAGUUGUAUCCGACUGGGAAGGACAAUUGAUGAAAGUGAUGCAGAGACAGAGUGAAAAGAAGUAGUAAGCUUCAAAGUGGAGUUGAAGAGAACAUCAUAUUAUAUACAUCAUCAUUGUCUAUCUCUACAACAUCUUUCUGUUGAUGUAGAUAAGAAAUUAUUUCCUUCAUAUUUUGAUAUGGGUCUCAAGAACCUUUGAAAGUCUUAAAAUUAUAAGUUUUUCCGUCUCUUGUACUCAUCAAAGUUAUUAAUUUUCAUUCUCUGUAAGGAGCAA